UGUAGUCCACUAGGCAGACCAAUAUAAAUUAAUUAUUCGACAUACCAAGCUAAUCACAGCAUUCACUAUCUCUAUAAAUAGCAGAGAAUGAUGAUCCCAUGCUUCAUAGCAUACACAUCAAGGAGUGAGAAUUCAUAGCAUACAUAUCAAGGAGUGAGAAUAAGACUAAUAACAGCACCAACAAGAAGACCCAAGAUGACAGGCCUUGGCUCACCAUGUGGAGCAUGCAAGUUCCUACGCAGGAAGUGUGUGAAGGGGUGUGUCUUUGCCCCAUACUUCUGUCAUGAGCAAGGGGCUGCGCACUUUGCCGCUAUCCAUAAGGUCUUUGGGGCUAGCAAUGCCUCAAAGCUCCUAAUGCAUCUCCCGAUAAGUGACCGUUGCGAGGCUGCAGUUACUAUGUCAUAUGAGGCGCAGGCCAGGCUUCAAGAUCCAAUAUAUGGCUGUGUUGCUCACAUCUUUUCUCUGCAACAACAGGUGGUCAGUCUGCAAGCAGAACUAGAGUCAUUCAAAGCUCAGACAACACAAGGGUACGGAGAUGGAUCCUUAACAUCAAACCCUCAAAAAGAGAAGCGCGAAAUAUUAACACCUUCUAUGCAAGAUGGGCAGCUCUUUUUCCACCCAACAAUGGCAAGCAAUUCUUCAGUAAAGAGUGAAAGUCAGCUAUUCUCUACAAAUGACUGCUUCACUUCUGUGUCAACUCAAUAUUCUGAAGGUUAUGAGCCAGAUUUAUGCAUGCCCGACUACAACAGCAAUCCUUCUUGCAACAUGCAAGGGAGUGGGUACCAUGACAUGGACGACCUUCAGUCUGUAGCCUUUUCCUAUCUCAACGAAGCAUGAAAAGUUGAUGCAUUUGGUAGUUAUUGUACAAGUUCGAACAGUUUUGGUAACAAUAUCUUACAGAUGUCGAUCAAGUUUUCUAGCAUGGGCAUACUGAAGCAAGCUGUGUGAUGAUAUAGACAUAAAAUACCUAAGUGUCAGGCUGCACUAUUGUAAUUUAGCAAUCCUAGUUUCUACAAUGCUGAAGUUCGAAUUAAGUUGAAGUUUGUGUUUUUAAUUAGAAAAGCAUCACUUAUUGCAAGCUAAGUACGACAUGGAAGGAAAAAAGACAAUAAAGGUACUGCAUUUUGGUCUGCUAUGUGUAAAUCAGAUGGUUCUUCAGUGUAUAAUUGCAAUUUUGA